AAGUUCUUUUGGCAAUUGUGUACUGCGUGUUCCCUCAGACUUGCCGUAUUGCUGUUUGCGUGCCUGUGCGGCUACAUUUGUGACAUUCUCUUGCGUUUUCCGAACUUUCUCAUUCGGGAGGUGGUGGAAGAGAGUAAACAUGUCGGCGAAAGGAGGGGGAACCAGAGGCUUCUAUUUCAACACAGUUCUUUCGCUUGCCCGGUCACUGGCGGCACACCGACCGGCGCCUAUAGAAAAGGUGCAGAAGCUGCUAUGCAUGUGUCCAUCAGACUCAAGGGGAGCGUUUACUCUCGAUAUCCGCCGCAGGGAUGCAGUCAUCGCCCUGGCCAUCUUCCUGGUGGAGUCGGACCUCCAGCACAAAGACGUGGUUGUUGGCUACUUGUUGAGCCUGUUACGGGGCCUUCCUCGUGUGCAGUGGGUGGAAGAGGCCUCCAGCAGAAAGGGGCGGGAUGUCCUUCCUGUUGCAGAGAAUUUCAGCUUCUGUCUGGUGACGCUGCUAUCUGAUGUGGCACAAAGGGACCCAGAGUCCAGUACCCAGAUCCUAGAGGCUGUUAUGGAGGUGAUGAAGUCUCUGCUGGAGAUAUGUCAGGCACCUGAAAACCACGACAAAGUGUACCUGUGCAGGUUUGUGGUGCCCAGCCUACUGGGUGUGACCCGCGCCUUUGGUCGCUAUAGCAACGGAGGUGAGCCGCUGCUCUCACAGCUCUUCCCCAAGGGGGCGCCCGAGACACCCCGCGUCACCGUGGAGACCGAGGGGAUACGGCGACGCUCCUUCAACGAGUUCCGCUCCAUCAUGCCCAGCUCGCUGCUCACGGCGUGCCAGGGGGACACCCUCCGGCGCAAGAGCGCCCUGCUGGCAGAGGGCAUGCAGCAGGGCAGUCCAGAGAGGGGUGGUGCCUCCCCCUGCUCCCCCACUACUCCAGGACCCCACUACUUUGAAGGUUCGUACUUGCCUGACGGCAGUGCGGUGGACCCCCACUACUACUUCAGCACGGUCAGCUCCAGCUUCUCCGUGUCGCCGCUCUUCACCGGGACCAGCGGCCGAGAGAUCAGCGUCCCCCUCGAGCUGCUCAGACAACUGCUGGACGUGGUGAAGCGCUUUGUCUCGGAGCCCUUCCUCAAGGCACUGGAUGCCACCCUGGCAGAGGUCGCUGAGGCCAACCCUGGUCUGGACCUGUUCUAUACCAGCUUCAGUGACCCGCUGUAUGUGGGCAUGUUCAAGAUGCUCAGAGACACCCUCUACUGCAUGAGAGACCUCCACAGCUCGUUUGUGAAGGAGGUGCAUGACUUUGUGCUGGAGCAGUUCAGCAGCAGCCAGUCAGAGAUGCAGCGGGUCCUCCACGAGGCCGACCGGUUGCUGGGGGAACCCAGCCCGCUGAAGCUGCGUUGCCAGGCCAACGCUGCCUGCGUGGACCUCAUGGUGUGGGCCGUCAAAGAUGAACAAGGAGCUGAGAACUUGUGCACUAAACUGUCAGAGAAGCUGCAGUCUAAGACGUCCAGUAAAGUCAUCAUCGCCCACAUGCCGCUGCUCAUCUGCUGCCUACAGGGUCUGGGGCGUCUGUGUGAGCGGUUCCCAGUCAUUGCCCACUCUGCUACCAUGUCUCUGCGGGACUUCCUGGUUGUGCCGUCACCUGUGCUGAUCAAGCUCUACAAAUACCACAGUCAAUACAGCACGGCUGGAGAAAUCAAAAUCAGUGUGACCAAUGAGCACUCGCAGUCCACCUUCAACAUGCUGUCCAACAGGAAAGACCAGCCGUCCAUGUACGAGCAGCUUCGGGACAUCUCCAUCGAUAACGUAUGCAGAUGUCUUACAGCUGGUCUGAUGAUGGACGAUGUGAUUGUGGAAGCCUUCCUGGCCAGCCUCUCCAAUCGACUCUACAUCUCACAGGAGAACGACAAAGAUGCCCACCUGAUUCCGGAGCACACCAUCCGCGCGCUGGGCCACAUCGCCGUGGCGAUGCGCGACUCGCCGCGGGUCACGCAGACCAUCCUGCAGAUCCUGCAGCAGAAGUUCUGCCUGCCGCCCUCCCAGCUGGACGUGCUCAUCGUAGACCAGCUGGGCUGCAUGGUCAUCACCGGGAAUCAAUACAUCUACCAGGAGGUGUGGAACCUGUUCCAGCAGAUCAGUGUGAAGGCCAGCUCUGUAGUCUACUCCGCCACUAAAGACUACAAGGACCAUGGAUACAGGCACUGCUCUCUGGCCGUGAUAAACGCGCUGGCGAACAUCGCUGCCAACCUGCAGGGGGAGCUGUUGGAGGACGACCUGAUGGUCAACCUGCUGGAGCUGUUCGUCCAACUGGGCCUGGAGGGCAAGAGGGCCAGCGAAAGGGCCAGCGACAAGGGGCCUGCACUUAAGGCCUCCAGCAGUGCAGGAAACCUGGGAGUCCUGAUUCCUGUCAUCGCUGUGUUGACCCGGCGAUUGCCCCCCAUUAAAGAGGCCAAACCGCGGCUGCAGAAGCUCUUCAGAGACUUCUGGCUCUACUCUGUGGUCAUGGGCUUUGCUGUGGAAGGUUCUGGUCUGUGGCCUGAGGAGUGGUAUGAAGGUGUGUGUGAGAUCGCCAGCAAGUCCCCGCUGUUGACCUUCCCCAGUGGAGAGCCUCUUCGGUCAGAACUUCAGUACAACUCGGCCCUCAAGAAUGACACCGUCACCCCGGCGGAGCUAAGUGAGCUGCGGAGCACCAUCAUUAACCUGCUAGACCCCGCCCCCGAGGCCGCCGCCCUCAUCAACAAGCUGGACUUCGCCAUGUGCACCUACCUGCUCUCCGUCUACCGGCUGGAGUACAUGAGGAUGCUGCAUUCUAAUGACCCAGACCGCUUCCAGCUCAUGUUCCGCUACUUUGAGGACAAGGCCAUCCAGAAGGACAAGUCUGGGAUGAUGCAGUGUGUCAUCUGUGUGGGUGAUAAGGUCUUUGAGGUGUUCCUGCAGAUGAUGGCAGAAAAGCCCAAGACCAAAGAGCAUGAGGAGGAGCUAGAACGCCAUGCUCAGUUCCUAUUGGUCAACUUUAACCACACCCACAAACGCAUCCGCAGAGUGGCAGACAAAUACCUGUCUGGACUGGCUGAAACUUUCCCUCACCUGCUGUGGAGUGGUCGUGUGCUGAAGACCAUGCUUGACAUCCUACAGACCCUCUCUCUGUCUCUGAGCGCUGAUAUCCACAAGGACCAACCGUAUUACGACAUCCCAGACACGCCCCAUCGCAUCACCGUCCCGGACACCCAUGAGGCACGAGAGAGCAUAGUGAAGGACUUUGCAGCACGCUGUGGGGAGAUCCUGAAGGAGGCCAUGAAGUGGGCAUCAUCUGUCACCAAGUCCCACCUGCAGGAGUAUCUGAAUAAGCACCAGAACUGGGUGUCCGGUCUCUCUCAGCACACAGGGCUGGCUAUGGCCACUGAGAGCAUCCUCAACUUCGCCGGCUACAACCGCCAGAGCACCACACUAGGGGCUGCUUUUCCACAGAGCACUCAGUUAACAGAGAGACCCAGCUGUGUGAAGAAGGACUACUCCAACUUUAUGGCCUCCCUCAACCUACGCAACCGCUACACUGGAGAGGUGGCGGGCAUGCUGCAGUUUGCCCAGAUGACCCACACGGAGUCGGACCUGAGCAGGCUGAUGGUGCAGCAGAUGACCGAAGCUCUGGAGGCCAAAGACUCCGACGCCUUCACACAGAACAUGUUCAAGAUGACCGCUCUGCUGAUCAGCACCAAAGACUGUGACCCCCAGCUCCUGCACCACCUGUGCUGGUCCCCGCUGAAGAUGUUCACUGAGCACGGCAUGGAGACGGCCAUUGCCUGCUGGGAGUGGUUCCUGGCCGCUCGCGAUGGGAUGGAAGUUCCGUUCAUGCGUGAGAUGGUAGGUGCGUGGCAGAUGAGCGUGGAGCAGAGGAUGGGUCUGUUCUCGGAGGCGGAGCCUGAGGCCGACCCGCUGGCCGCAUCAGAGGAGAGCCAGCCAGUGCCCCGCCCGCCUGAGGUCACGCCACACUGCCUCUGGAUACAGUUCCUAGUGCAGAGGUUUGAGAUUGCCAAGUACUGCAGUGCUGACCAGGUGGAGAUGUUCAUCAGCCUCCUGCAGAGGGCGCUGUCGCUCAGCGUAGGAGGAGCCAGGAGCAGCCUCAACCGCCAUGUUGCCGCCAUAGGACCCCGCUUUAGGCUCCUGACGCUUGGUCUUACUCUUCUCCAUGCGGAUGUGGUGACCAACGCCACCAUACGCAACGUCCUGAGAGAAAAGAUCUACUCCACAGCUUUCGACUACUUCAGUGUGACUCCACGGUUCCCCACCCAGAAUGAGAAGCGUCUGCGGGAGGACAUCAGCAUCAUGACCAAGUUCUACGCCAGCCUGCUCUCCGACAAGAAGUACCUCACAGCCAAUCAGCUCGUCCCUCCAGACCCUCAGGAGAUGAGUGUGAACAGUCUGUCCGUGAUGGCGGUGACGGACUCCCGCAGUAGUCUAGACGCAGCGGUGGGCUCCAGACAGCCAGCCAAUCAGGGCUGGAUCAACACCUACCCACUCUCCAGUGGACUGUCCACUAUAUCAAAGAAAUCUGGUCUGUCUAAGAAAAGUAACCGAGGCACCCAGCUCCAUAAAUACUACAUGAAGCGCAGAACCCUCCUGCUGGCCCUUCUGGCCAGUGAGAUCGAGCGUCUGACCACCUGGUACAACCCACUGUCCACCCAGGAGCUGGUCAUCUCGGCGGAGCCGCUGGUGGAGACCAGCAUCGCCAACUGGAGGUCCAAGUACCUGAGUCUGAGUGAGAAGCAGUGGAAGGACCACGUCAACCUGUCCUGGAGCAUCUCCCCCUACCUGGCCCUGCAGCUGCCCGCCAGGUUUAAGAACACGGACGUGAUCGCAGCAGAGGUGACUCGUCUUGUGCGCUUGGACCCAGGAGCAGUCAGCGAUGUCCCCGAGGCUGUGAAGUUCCUGGUGACGUGGCACACGAUUGAUGCUGAUUCGCCGGAGCUGAGCCACAUCCUGUGCUGGGCGGCAGCGGACCCGCCCACCGGCCUCUCCUACUUCUCCAGCAUGUACCCGCCUCACCCGCUCACUGCCCAAUACGCCGUCAGAGUGCUGCGCUCCUUUCCUCCGGCUGCUACUUGCCCAGUAACCCUGAGGCCAUUGUGCUGGACAUCGACUACAAGUCUGGCACUCCCAUGCAGAGUGCUGCCAAAGCUCCAUACCUGGCCAAGUUCAAGGUGAAGCGAUGUGGAGUCAGUGAGCUGGAAAAAGAAGGUCUCCUGUGCCGGUCAGACUCUCUUGACGAGGCGGGCAGUGAGGAGGAGGUUCAGAGGAUCUGUUGGCAGGCGGCCAUCUUUAAAGUGGGCGAUGACUGUAGACAGGAUAUGCUGGCCCUGCAGAUCAUUGGCCUCUUUAAGAACAUCUUCCAGCUGGUGGGUCUGGACCUGUACGUCUUCCCCUACCGAGUGGUCGCCACGGCACCAGGGUGCGGCGUCAUUGAGUGCAUCCCAGACUGCAAGUCACGUGACCAGCUGGGCCGGCAGACGGACUUCGGCAUGUACGACUACUUCAGGAACCAGUACGGAGACGAGUCCACACUGGCCUUCCAGAAGGCAAGGUAUAACUUCAUCCGCAGUAUGGCUGCCUACAGUCUGUUGCUCUUCCUGCUCCAGAUUAAAGACAGACACAACGGCAACAUCAUGCUGGACAGCCAGGGACACCUCAUCCACAUAGACUUUGGCUUCAUGUUUGAGAGCUCUCCGGGCGGGAACCUGGGCUGGGAGCCAGACAUCAAGCUCACGGACGAGAUGGUCAUGAUCAUGGGGGGAAAGAUGGAGGCCACACCCUUCAAGUGGUUCAUGGAGAUGUGUGUGCGCGGAUACCUGGCCGUCAGGCCCUAUAUGGAUGCGGUUGUUGCCCUGGUAACAUUGAUGUUGGACACAGGGUUGCCUUGUUUCCGUGGACAGACAAUCAGAUUGCUCAAGCAGCGUUUUAGUCCCAGCAUGAGUGAGAAAGAUGCAGCAGCCUACAUCAUCAAAGUCAUUCAGAACUGCUUCCUGAGCAGCAGGAGCAAGACAUACGACAUGAUCCAGUACUACCAAAACCAGAUCCCAUACUAGGACGUGUGCCUGUUCUCAUGCCUCUAUGCCUGUGUGUGGUGUGUGUGUGUGUGUGUGUGUGUGUGUGUGUGUGUGUGUGUGUGCACGCGUGCGUGCAUGUGUAAGUGUGGUGACUGGCCGCUUUGCUCUCUCAUUCUAGUGAAUGGUCUACUCUUCUCUGUUGCCUUUGUUCUCUGUACGCCUCAUCUCAAGAAAAAAAAGAAGGAAAAAAAAACUAUGAAACGCAACUGCUACUAUCAACAAUAACAUUGGUAAUAAAUGGUAACCACAAUUCUUUCACAGAUAGGACAAAAAGCUAGCCUAUAACGGUGCAAGAGAAAAACAGAAAACAGUGUAGGCCUACUUCACAUCAGCUACAAUGAUAAAGGAAUAGUACCACACAGUAUGGGAGUCAGUGUCAAUUAGCAUGGCCUUAGAGACAACUUUUAACCAUACAGCAUAUGUGAGGUAAAUACUAAAUCUAAACUUUUAACCAGAUAUAUGUGAGGUAAAUGCUAAACCUAUUCAACAGGUGCUGCUCCUACCAGCUCACCAACAUGCUUUUAACAAAACAAAUUCACAAGAGGGCGCUGUUCCUCUCUUUAACAGCACAAUGUGUGCGACCCUCCGAUUAUAACUAGUCUACAGUACAAAACAACAUACAUUGUUAGUUAAUGUAAGUUAACUAACUAUACAUGUGCAUGGCUGACUUGAACAAUAAUAAGGCCUGGCUAUAAUUUACAUCAAUGUAGUCAGUUUGACGGACCAGAAACUGCAGAGUUUUUCACCACAUUCAGUGAAAGAUGUUUUAUGGACUUUAAUACAUCCAAAAGCACAGAGGGAAGUGACACUAUUCACCUCUUUGGUUAUCUGCUGAGCUAGUGUCGGCAGUGUGCACAUUGCUUCCUGGGAAAUGUAGUUCCCUGAGAUAUGCCCAGGGAUGCUUUCAAAUUAAUAAAAGAAAAAUGUUAGGUUUACUAUCCUGAAACACCUACAACAGCCUGUUACUGGUUUGCACUGUUCAUGCCUGCAUGGCAAGCAGGAGGAUUCUAGAGCACAUUUUCUUAUAUUUGACCAGCAUCAGCAUUCUUAUUGGCUAAAUCUCUAUGAUGUCAGCACAACAGCUCUCUAUUAGUGGCUUCCACCGUAUUUGUACCAGCAUCUGAUUGGACUGUUGUAACCAAUAACUGUUGAUUAUGUUGAAUGACACAGGAUCGAGGUUACUGAUUGGUUCGGGCAGGUGUCCACUCUUAAAAUGGCAGAUCUGUCAAUUGUCCUCUGAAUAUUUGAAAUCUGUGUUGCAGAUCUUUUGAGUAGUGAGAACGCUUUGGCAUGAGAAGGGGAUCAUUGGAGAUGCUCUUUGAUAUUGAAAUUCAUGGUUCUCCAUAUAAUGACAUCUGAUGUUUACCUCUGGCAAAGAGUAUAGAACACUUUAUAGUAUAGAAUAUUCUGUACUCUAGGGUUCUAGAUGAAAGGCUCUCCACAGUGAGAAAUAUUUCACUGCAAGUUUGAGUGGUGUUACAUUUUCCAAUCACAAAGCCCAGGUGUUCUGUGCUUUAUGUCUUAGAGUACAAGGACUGUUAAUGGUGUGUUUGUAUGUGUGGCUGUAUAUGUUUGCAGUGUGAGUGUGUGCGUGUUUGUGUGAUUUGUAUAGUAGGAGUUGGCUACUCUUUGCUAAACUGAUUUUCAAACCUUGCAUCCUUAUCUUGCAUCACCUUUUCUAUCCUCCAGUCUUUUUCAAAUGUGUAUGAUGUUUGUGAUAUUUAAUCAAAUAAAUUAUGAAGUGACUCAU